GAGAGUGACUCAAUAUAACGCCCAAAGCUCGCUGCUUUAAGCCCUCUCACCGGUUCCGUUUCCGUUUACGCUGAUCUUCUCGUUUUUCGCUGGUUCUUGAUCGGUAAAUCGUUUCCUUUUUCUGCCGAUCUUCGAUCUACUGUAUAAUUGGUUAAUUGUUGGUGGGCACCUGCAGCUUAUUUUCGUCGUCCGUUACAUGACAUUGUUACGUGGAAGAGCGGUGUUGGAAUGAAAAGGGAGUUUUUUGGUUGCUGUUGAUCGAGUGGGUCUUGCCCCACAUAUGUUUUAGGCUUUGCAAGGUGCGAGGAAAGCUCCUUCUUUGGUCCGGGCUUGGUGCUGCUGGCAUUUUCUUUCAAGGUGUUGGGAAGAACCUGGCACACCCACGCAGCUAACUCCAUGUCAGGGACUGCACGCUCUGGGCUUGGUAAUGCUGUUUCUGGUGACAUGAACCAUGGAGUUCUGAAUAGUGCUGCAAACUCCUCUGGGCCCAGCAUGGGCGCGAGCUCUCAGGUCACCGAUGCCAAUUCCUCUUUUUCAGGUGGACCGCAGCUUCCGAGCAGCUCCAGCAUCAAUGAUGAGUCCUAUAUGCAUCUUCCAGCUUCACCAAUGUCCUCAUCCAACAACAUUUCGGGCUCUUCAGUCAUGGAUGGUUCAUCAAUUAUUCAGCUGAGUCCCCAAAAUGAGCAGAUUCAGAAACACGGUGCUUUGAGUCCUACCUAUCAGUCAAUGGUCCAGGAUGCUGGAAUGAUGCCUGUUCAGAAGAGACCGCGGCUGGACAUGAGGGUGGGAGAUGUUAGUCAACAGCAGGUUAUGCAACAGAUGUUACAGAGGCAUCAGAACCUUCAACUUCAGGCCCUUGUACAGCCUCAGAGGCUUGCUCAUCUCCAGCAGCAGCAAUUGAUACAGUCGUUGCCGCAAUUGCAGAGAAUACAUAUGCAUCAGCAGCCCCAAAUGCCUAUGCAAAACCCCCUCCAUUUAAUAUCUCCAAUGAGGCUCCCGUUUGAAAGUGGCUUGUGUGCUCGGCGACUUAUGCAAUAUAUGUAUCACCAGAGUCAUAGACCGGCUGACAAUUCUAUAUUGUACUGGAGAAAAUUUGUGGCAGAAUACUUUGCACCUAGAGCAAAGAAAAGAUGGUGUUUCUCGUUGUACAAUAAUGGUGGAAAUCAUGCCUUUGGUGCUUUUCCCCAAGCUGCUAUGGAUUCAUGGCAAUGUGGUAUCUGUGGCUCUAAAUCUGGAAAAGGUUUUGAGGCUACAUAUGAAGUAAUUCCUCGGCUUAACCAAAUCAAAUUUGAUCAUGGGGUUAUUGAUGAGCUUUUAUAUCUGGACAUGCCCCACGAAAGCAGGCUUCCAUCAGGAAUGAUGGUUUUGGAGUAUGCAAAAGCUGUGCAAGAGAGUGUCCGUGAACAAUGCCGUGUCGUGCGGGAGGGGCAACUUAGGAUCAUAUUCACUCCAGAUUUGAAGAUCUUGUGUUGGGAAUUCUGUGCUCGCAGUCAUGAAGAACUUCUCUCUCGUAGAAUGAUAGUUAGUCAGGUGAACCAGUUAUUGCAUGCUGCACAUAAAUAUCAAACUACUGUUAAUGAAAAAGGGGCCUCUGCAGUUUCCGUUCAAGAUCUGCAAGCCAGUUGCAAUAUGUUUGUGUCAGCAGGCCGUCAACUGGCAAGAAAUGUGGAGUUGCAGUUACUAAAUGAUCUAGGUUUUCCCAAAAGAUAUGUUCGAUGCUUGCAGAUAUCCGAAGUUGUUAACUGUAUGAAAGACUUGAUUGACUUUAGCCAGUCACACAAGAUGGGGCCUAUUGAUAGUCUGAAAAAUUACACUCAGCAAGCUGCAGCUAAGCUCCAAGCCCAGAAAAUGAAGGUGGAGCAGACAGAUACUUCUCAAAAUCUCCACCCUGACCAGAGCGCAUUGAACAAGUUCAUGGCCAUACAUCCUGGUCUUGGCAGGCAUCAAGCAAAUAACAUAUCAUCAACAUGCUUUCCAAACAAUUCUUCUCCAGCUAACGGUCCAAUGACCAAUUACCAGAACUUACUAAGAAAUCCCCCAAAUCCAGGACAUAGCCCCAUGCAAUCUGAUCACUCUUCGUUUUCUGGACUCAUCCAGACGCAACAACCCAUGGCAUACCAGGCCACUGGUCCUUUAAGCACCGGUGGCGGCCGAACAUUUCAAUAUACUCCAUCAACCAAGAACCAGCAGCAGCAAGAUUUACAGGGAAAGCUACCCCCUCCAAGUAAUAAUGAAUCGCCUUCUCAGGCAGAGAUGAUGAGUAAGGGAGCCUUACCCACUGUAAAAGACUUUGUUAAAGCUGAGGUGGGCGCCAUGGCUGGGCCUGGCAAGGUAUCAGCUCAAGUGCAGAAUGGGCCAGGAAUCUGCACUGGUGAUUUGUCUAGAGAAGUCAAGAGAGUGAUGAUGCCUAGUAAUAACGAUGCUUCUAAACCAGCUGCCAUGAAUAAUAGCUUCUGUGGGAGUACCAACAACUGUAAUGUAAAGCAAGAAGUGUAUGAAAAUUUGAAUCUCGGUGAUUUUGAUCAGGAUUUGUUGGGAGAACUACUAGAUGGCAUUGAUUGGUGAUCCAGUUUCUGCAAGAAGGUGAUAUAAUAAAUAAUUAACGAAGCUGACUGAUUUCAUAAUUUUUAACAUGUUUGCUGUAUAGAAGCUUUGGAACUGUAGUUUUGAGUGGGGAGAUAUAUCAUAAACUUUCAGAAUACAACGGGAGGGGAGGGGCUGACAUUUUCAUUGUUUCAGCAAGUUUCAGUCUGUCUAGAACUGUGAACAACAAUUUACAUAACAGUAGCUGUGUUUUUUUUUUAAAUUACAUGAACUCUUCUUUUUUUAUUAUUA